AUACAAAUAUGAUACCGAAAAUGAGAAAAUGGUUUGCAAACGUUUUGAAACGAGGUAAAUUCUGUUGUGACUUUUGAGGUAGCAACGGUUUGGACCUCAUGGGCCACCAUAGAUGUUGUGCUUGUGAAUUCAACAUGGCGCUCUCCAUAAGGAGAAACGUGAAGUGUCUUUUAUGCUUCAUUCAAAAAAACUCUCUGCAAAAAAGAUUAUUCUGCAACGAGAAGCUGCCGAAAACGAAGGAUCCCCUGCAGAGAUGGACAGGCGUGGAAGGUGGCGUGGGGAAGUGUUGAAAUUGGCUUGCUGUCUUGGUCGGAAUGCUGAAGUCCACCCCAGGCUGUCCAGAAAUGCCUUCUUCGUGUGGAGAGGUGGAGUGGUGUGAUGAAAUCAAAGCUCUGCAGUGUCCUCUGGACUUGAAGGACCCCUUAGGGUCACGAGUGUUCUCUGGCAUACAGCCCACGGGGGUGCCUCACCUGGGGAACUAUCUGGGUGCUCUGGAGAGCUGGGUGUCCAUGCAGAAUGAGUACAGCUCUGUUCUGUACAGCAUCGUGGACCUGCACUCCAUCACCCAGCCUCAGGACCCUCAGCUGCUCCGCGAUAACAUCCUGGACAUGGCAGCCAGUCUGUUGGCCUGCGGCAUCGACCCCACACGCUCCGUCCUGUUCCAGCAAUCUGUGGUUUCAGAGCAUGCAGAGCUGUCCUGGAUCCUCGGCUGCCUCACCAGCAUGCCUCGCCUACGACAUCUACCUCAGUGGAAGAUGAAGAGUAAGCAGAAGAGUGAAGGAAGUGUGGGCCUGUAUACCUACCCAGUGUUACAGGCCGCAGACAUAUUGCUCUACAAGUCCACACAUGUGCCAGUAGGGGAGGAUCAGAUCCAGCAUUUGGAGCUGGCCCAGGACUUAGCCCGAAUCUUCAACAACAAAUACGGAGAGUUCUUUCCCGAGCCUCGUGCCUUGCUCAGUUCCACACGAAAGGUUAAAUCUUUGAGAGACCCCACCUCUAAAAUGUCGAAGUCAGAUCCUCAGAAUUUAGCCACCAUCUUCCUCACUGACACCCCUGAAGACAUAGUCUUUAAGAUCCGCCGAGCAGUGACGGACUUCACCUCUGAGGUGACCUUUGACCCCGAGGGAAGGCCAGGGGUGGCAAAUCUGGUCUCCUUGCAUGCUGCUGUGUCUGGUCAGACUGUGGAGCACGUGGUCAGCCUAGCCAGAGGACUGGACACUGGAAAAUAUAAGAACCUGGUGGCAGAGGCUGUGGUGCAGAGACUGGAGCCCAUCAGGUUGGAGAUCCAGAGACUAAGAGCUGACAGGGGCCACUUGGAGAGCGUGCUGGCUGAGGGAGGAGCAAAGGCCCGCAGCCUGGCUGCUCCAGUAAUGAAGGAGGUCAGGAAACUAGUGGGCUUCUCCUAAGGGUCAAGAGGGAAGCAUUCCAUGUAAACGAUCUGUGUUACAGGUGGACAUACACCAUAGUGAGACUGGAAAGCACUGUUUUUUAAUACUUGAAUGCUC